AUGCAAUAUUAUGGCAUUAUUACAAAUAAUUUUCCUGGUGGAUUAUUCAUUAAUGUUCGUAUAGUGUCAUUAUUUGAUGAACAUCCAUUUGAACAUGAAUUUUUUAAUGAAAUUCAAAAGUCAUUUCCAUUUAUGGAAAGAUUAUCUGUUAAAAAUGAUAAACCACAAAAUUUCAAACAAUUUUAUGAAUCUAUUAAUUUUAAUCGAAAUUUCUCUGUUAUUGAAUAUCCUUUUCUUAAUGAAUUGAUAAUUGUUAGUGUUCAUGAUGAUUAUAUAGAACAAUUUCUACUUCAUUCUAAAGCGUGUUUCCAAGAUAUUAUUCUUUCUAUCAAUUAUGAAUCUUUACAACGAAUAACACAUAAUUUCACAAGAGAUGAUACACGAAUUAAUUGUGCUAAAAUAAAUAAAUUAGUUUUAUAUGGUGAUAAAAAACAUUCGACUUGUCUACAAGAAUAUUUUCCUUGUGCAAAAAUUUGUUAUUGA